AUGAUUUCAACUAAGCCGCUUGCUGAUGGAUCUAUCGAUGGCCGUCAAGCAGUGGCCGAAGCUUCAUCGAGCCGUGUCGUGCCGAAGCCGGUCCCAGGCUCCCAGGCCCAGGACCCGCGAAAAUACCAGCUGGAACAGAUAACGAAAAGAUUCAGAGCGAAACAGAGCACUCUGCAGGAUGGAACAAAAAACCUGGCUUUUCAACUUAAACCCUCGGAUCCCGACUUCCCCUUCGAGCUGGAUUACUUGGACUGCGAACUACAGGUCCCUGCAUCGUACCCGGAGAAGCCUGCUGCCCUCCGAGUCAAGAACGGAGAUAUCCCCCGUGGAUUUGCUCUCAACAUAGAGCGAGGAUGGGAGAGGCUCGUCAGGGAGAAGCAGGGCACGACCCUCUUAGCCUUGACCAAUGCCUUGGACAAGAACCUCGAGGUGUUCUUGUCCGAGCAGAAGGCCGAAACUGUGACCUUGUUGUCUUUCAGGGACACAAGACAUCUCAGUAGUCUUGGAACUGCAUUGAGCGGGACGCCACCAUCGACUGUUCAAUCACCACAGACAGAGGCGUCAAAGCCAGCUCCUAACCCGAGAAGACCGUAUGUUCCUGAAGAAUCUUUCACGAACGAACAGAUCGCAGCCGCCAAAGCACGGCGAGCCCAGGAGAUCAGACAGCUGGAAGCCAGAAUGGGGCGCAUGUCCCUCUUUCAGAAGUCCGCUGAUGGCAUAGUCUACAAUGUGCCUCUAGAGCCGAAACGGCGGUCCGACCUACCAGAGUUAAGGUCGGUUCACUCCGUACAGCUAAUCAUCCCCUUACUCUACCCUCUCCAGUCUCUGAGGGUACUCCUUAACGAUGUCGAUUCGGAGGAUGCCGAGGCCUUGGAAGAGCUGUUCACGACGAAAGCUAGCCAGCAAAGCCAGAUGACGUUGAUGAGCCACCUUAACUAUCUGUCCCUCAACAUGCACACAUUGGCGAAGCAAGCCAAGACAUCAAGGCAAGAGCAGGUGGUAUCCACAAAACCUACCGGUGAUACGACAACGGAUGCCCCUGCGGAGAAGCCUGUCCCUGCAAGUGAAGAUGGGAGAAGCCAUAUCCACUUCAUUCCCAGGCCACCUGAAUGGGGCUAUGGGCACGAAUCGGCAGAAGAGUCAGAGGGCUCGGAAUCGGAUUCAUAUGACUCAGACGACGAGUCGGACGACGGUGGUGUUCCGGUAGGCCAGAUCAAGGUCUCAGGAGCUGCUCAGCAAGUCGAACACGGUACCGCCAUCUCCUUCCCGUCCGUUGAGCUCCACAGCAUCGAGCUGUUGCAGGUGUCGAUUCUAAACAUCAGUGCCAAAUGUGAGCGGUGCAAGACCAUCAACGACAUCACGGGGCUCAAGCCAGAGCUGGAGAAGGCAAGCAGCUGCAAGAAGUGCGCUACAGCCUUCACAGCCAAGUUCCGCCAGGAGAUGGUGCACCAGGGCUCCGUCCGCGGGGGGUUCAUCGACGUGUCUGGCUGCACCGUGGCAGACAUGCUCCCCAGCACCUUCGUCCCCACCUGUGCGAAGUGCUCGACGCCAAGCGACGGGCUCGUGUCGGUCCGCGGCGAGGUUGUGACCAACGUGUGCCGCGAGUGCCACGGCCGCUUCACCUUCAAGAUCCCCGAGGUCAGAUUCAUGGCCAUCACGCACGGCGCCGCUCCGCCGCCCACGACCGGGCCGAGGCGACGCCAGGAAAAGCUGGGCCUGUACGCGGGGGAGCCGCUGCCCGGCCGCGGCGCGUGUCCGCAUUACCGGAAAUCGUACCGCUGGUUCCGGUUCUCGUGCUGCAGCAAGGUGCACCCGUGCGACAAGUGCCAUGACGACGCCGAGGACCACCCGCAGGAGUGGGCAAACCGCAUGAUCUGCGGCUGGUGCAGCAGGGAGCAGAACUACGCGGUCGAAGCUUGUGGCUUCUGUGGCCGAAGCGUGAUUGGCAAGAAGGGCAAAGGUUUUUGGGAGGGUGGCAAGGGAACGCGGGAUAAGUCGCGCAUGAGUCGGAAAGACAAGCGAAAGUUCAGACGUGUUGGUGGUGGUGCGGCGAGGAAGAAGGACUGA